GGGACACCCAAUCCACACACUCAAUGCCAUAGCUCUCCGACAUCGUACAUGUACCUCUGUAACUCGGACAACCAGGCAUCAAUGUCGGAGUACGCGUACGCCACGCAAUGCGCUCUCCGCGGCCGCCAUUGCUCUCCUAUAAAGCGCUGAAAACUUGCUUCCCCGCUCCAAGAUCAAGCCUAACCAUCUUCUCCUCUAAACUGUACCUUCAUACCCCUCACAUCAAUCUCCUAGAACGCAAGACACCACCGCUUUCCACAAUGCCCACCUACCAAGGCCAACGCUACGAACAAGACCCGCGCUGGACCGCCGUCGACGCCUACUCCCUCUCGCACCUGCACCCCAAGUCCGCUACGACACCGUCCCACGACGCCCUCGAAUACGCGCAAACCAAUGCCGAACAAAACGGGCUCCCGGACAUCGCCGUCUCCACCUCGCAGGGCAAGUUCCUCCAAUUGCAAGCGCGUCUCGCGCGCGCGAAGAACAUCCUCGAAUUGGGCACUCUGGGCGGCUUCUCAACCCUCUGGCUGGCGCAUGCGAGCCCCGAUGUGAAAGUGACGAGUGUGGAAGUGGAUCCGCACCACGCUGAAGUCGCGCGCGCGAACUUCAAGAACGCGGGCGUCGCGGAUCGCGUGGACGUGCGGCUCGGGCCUGGGGUGGAGGUGCUGCCAAAAAUCGCAGAGGAGGUGAAGCAAGGCAAGCACGGCAAGUUCCAGCUCGUCUUCAUCGACGCGGAUAAGGAGAAUAACUGGAACUAUGUGGACAUGGCGCUGGGGAUGUGCGAGCCGGGCGCUUGCAUUAUUGUGGAUAAUGUUGUGAGGAAGGGGCAGCUUGCGAAUGAGGGGGGCGAUGAGAGGAUUCAAGGCGCGCGGAGGGUGGUGGAAAACAUUGGUAAGGAUGCGAGGCUGGAUGGCGUCGUGAUCCAGACGGUUGGGGAGAAGAGUUAUGACGGCUUCUUGAUGGCGGUUGUGAAGUAGAUGAUCUGUCGAAGGAUCUGGUGGUCCUGAAGCAGGCUAAUAAAAUGCCGUCGAUGCGCCUUGGAUAACAAAUUCUAGUCAUGUUAUUUAAAGCAUCCAUAUUCUUACUUCAAUCUCCAGCCUGGGCAGCAGCCGAUCUACAUCCCCUAGCUUACCUACUUUACACCCAGCGCAAUCAACUUG